CGGACAGUCAGUCAAUAUGAUCAAACAAAAGCUGCUACCAGGGAAAAUGGCGGCUAAAAAGCGAAGUGUGGUGUGGUCCUUUUUUCAAGACGACUUGAAUUCGAAGAUGGCCGUUUGCCUACGAUGUGGCGAGAGAAUACUAAACUGUGGCAACACCACAAACCUGCUAAAGCAUUUACGAUCAAAACACCAGGGGGAGCUUACUGACGCCACUAAGAGAAGACGGUUCUCUGAUGUAAGCAGAGGCAGAGGGCCGGUCUGCCAACUCGAGCCAAAACAGCCAAAACUCGAGCGCGCUGAUAUCCCCGACACCGAGGACGACGCAGAAAUUCAUGUGUCUGAAAUGGGAGAUCUUCGAACGGAGCAGGAACCCUUUGAAGGGAACGAGGAGCUGGGCAGGGCCAUCAGCGACGGCAUUAACGGGGCCCUCACUUUGUCUGUAACGAAAACCAGAAAGCGCAGCGCAGUGUGGAGGUACUUCCAAGACGGCUUUGAUCCAAACAAGGUACUGUGCCUGGUGUGUUCGGAAAAUAUACAUUAUCCUCAGAACACUAGCAACUUGCUCAGGCAUUUGCGGAAAAAACACCCGGGGGAAUAUGCAGACAUCGAAGGCAGCCUGAAGGACCGGCCUGGAGAGAAGGCAGCAGCGAUGGUGGUCAGAAGCUUGGCAGAACAGGCCAACGGCCUCAUGAACAACGAACAAGUAAUCCGGGUGUCUAUCACAACAGACGGGUCUGAGGAGCAGGAGCGGAUCGGCACCGAGGAGGCGAGCAGGGCCGUGUCCGACAUCGUGGACGAGGCCUUCGCCCUGUCGGUGCUGCCCAAGAAGCGGCGCAGCGCGGUGUGGAGCUUCUACGAGCGCGGCGAAGACGCCAACAAGGUGCUGUGCCUGCUCUGCUCCGAGUACAUCCAGUACCGGCAGAACACCAGCAACCUGCUGCGCCACCUGCGCAAGAAGCACCCGGACAAGAACGUGGAGACCAAACGCAAAGGGGAGGUGACGGCCGGGCUGGACCACGCCUUCAUGCUGAACGACUACAGGAGCACGGGGAUGCCUCCAGGCCUGGUGGCUCCGCUGACGCUGGAGCAGGCGGAGCAGACGCGGAGGGGCCAGGAGCAGGAGCAGGCGGAGGCGGUGCGGAAGGCGCUGCAGCAGGAGGCCCGGUCCCUGGAGCGGGAGAGGGAGCUGACGGAGCAGCUCCGCAGGGCCCAGCAGCAGGAGGCCCGGGCCCUGGAGCAGCAGCGCGAGCUGACGGAGCAGCUCCGCCGCAUGCAGGAGGACGAGAUGAGGAGGCUCCGCGAGCUGGAGGCCCGCACCCUGGAGCAGGAGCGCCGGGCCGUGGAGCAGCUGAGGAAGACGCAGGAGGAGGAGGCCAAGGUCAUCGAGCACGAGAGGGGCGCCCUGGAGCAGCUGAGGAGGGAGCUGGAGGAGGACCGCAGGUCCCUGCAGAGACACUGGGAGGCCAUACGGCAGGGCCAGGUCACCGUGGUAGGGGAGCAGGGCAGGGAGGAGGGCCACGCGCUUCCGGGGGUGGUGGGAGGGGACCUGGAGAUGCUGGUGGUGACCACGACGUGAAGACAGGGAUGAAGGGAGAAAUGAGGGAAACUCUGACCCGGGCAGCACAACCUGAGAAAAACAUCAAAGUGAACGGACUGAAUAAACCUUGAAUAUCCACUCCAGCUAACCUACUGUCGAACUGGACCCACGUACAAAGCCAUGGAACCGCCCUUUAAUCUGGCCCAACUGCAGUCCCUCCACCCCGUUUUCAUUGAUCGAGGGCUACCUGGCGCCGAUUCAUAGACUAACCUUCUUGCAGCCUAACCUGUACAGCCUAGUGGAGUCUAUAGUAGCAAUAGCCCACUAUUAAAUCUAGACAACCUGCCAUUGCACCAAGCUGUCCUGAGACGUGGUAGAGGCCACUGGACUUUACAGUUUUUUUUGUGUGAUUGAUGAAAAGCUUUUGGCACUGGUUAUUUCCUUUUGUGAAAAUAAAUACCAUCUGAUUUGAGGCCCAUAAUUAAUUUUUUGGUGUUAUGUUCCGUUUAAAGUGAUAAAAGAAAAUGUUUGGGUGCAUUUGUUUAUUUUUCCCCCACUGACAAUGACUUGCUUAUUGAAAUUUUGUUUUUAUAAAAAAUAUGUGUUGAAACGUU